AUGGCAGCUGUUUGGUGGCUCCUGCUCUUUGGCACAGCUUUGUCAUAUACGGUGAUGGCAGAAGAACAGCCUGCGACAAUGGAAGAGAUCCAGUCUGAAGAGAACCAGGAAUUGGACAGUAUCCUGCAGAGAGCCCAUGGAGUACUGAUCCGAAAUAUCCUUCGAAGGAUAGAGGAAGGAGCACAAAAUGAUGGAGAUGUACCUGUUGAUUCCCUUGAAUGGAUCUCGAGACACCAACACCCAGGAAAGAUACUUCAGGAAAGCAUAGAAAAGAGGCAGCAUCCAGGUAAAAGAGAAGAUGGGGAUUUGUACCUGGAACUGCCCAAGAGGCAACACCCUGGGAAAAGAGAAGAUGGGGAAUGGUACCUGGAACUGCCCAAGAGGCAACACCCAGGAAGGAGAUCUCCCUUAAGUGACCAGUACCUAGAUAAUCCAAGCACUUCAUUUGGCUUGCUAUCUGAGCUUACCAAGAGGCAACACCCAGGCAAGAGGAGCUUUCCCUACACCAAACGCCAACAUCCAGGCAAGAGAAUGGGGGAAGAUGAGGAAAACACAAAAGAUGGUGUCCCUCAGGAUAUAGAGAAACGUCAACACCCAGGCAAGAGGUACCUAGAACCGAAUAACAUUGAAUAUCUUUCCCCAUGUGAGGGGCCAGAUCUUUUUAAUUGUAAUAAGAGAAGCCUACUUAUGGAGAUUCUAGACAACGUGAGUGGAGGCAGGCUAGAGGAAAAAAGACAGCACCCUGGCAGGAGGGACGUCUGGGGUGAGGAGGUGAAUGAUGCCCAAGAGUGA